AUUUAUAUGUUUAUCAACAGUGCAAAACAGACAUCCAGAAGACUUCAUUGUGCAUUUAGUCUUUAAUCUUUCAGCAGAAUUAUGUUUAUGUUUAUUUGUGCUCCUGGUGUUAGUGUGAGACUAUAAGGUUAAAUGGAAGACAUUUCUGCUUCAGUUCAGCUCAUGUGUUCAAGCCACAGAGGAUGUGGUAGCUGUGUUUCAGACAUUGAUAAUAGCCACCAAUGAGAAGUGUGUCAAAAAGCACAUCAUAAUGCUCUGUUGAUGGAAAAUGGGGGUUAUUGUUUAAUUUGAUCCAUUCUUCGCAAGAAAACUAUUCUUCUGGACCUUGAAGGUUGUUUUUUUAAUUUUUGUUAUUUAUAUUUAUGUAUCCUGUUACAAAUUUGUGCGGGAUCCUUAUGUGCCAAGUGAUGUGGUAUCUUGCUAUCGCAUUUUUUAUUUUCCAAGCAUAUGAAACUCAUGGUAUUGUGUCAUGUGUGAUGACAAGUCCGGUCCAGAGGGUGUAUGUUGGAGAAGAUGUCUAUUUGUUCUGCAAUUUCACCCAGUGUCCUAGACCUCGAAACCUCAUGUUUCUUAAUGUGGAGUGGGGAUUUCAGAAUAAUUCAUCUGACUUCAAAACAAUCAUCUACAACAUUGGAAAUCACACUUCAAGAACAACUGGUGUGCUGUUUCGGGGAAAUGUAGAGCUGGGCAGUUUUGAUAUUCUCCUCCAAUCGGUGAAACGUGAGAACAAUGGAACUUACCAGUGCAAAUAUCGACAAGAUGGCAUUUUCUACAAAAAUAUAACAAAGCUUACUGUCCACUCAGCUACACAGACCAGAAGAAACAGUCCAGGUGUGAACGAUAUACAGGUAGAGAUAAAUCCAUCUUGGUGGUUGGCCCUGAUCCCUGUGGCUGGGAUUGUGCUUCUCAUUGUUGUAGUAUUUUUGGGGAGGCUCCUCCAGCAAAAGGAUGUCUCAAUGCAAGAAAUAGAAGAAGUUGAAACCAGAAGUGACACUGCUGACAUUAGAUGCAAGGUCACAAACAAUUCUGCUUAUGAAGGAGACACAGAAAGUCAACCCAUAACUCACAAUGCAGAUAACAUCUAUGUCACCAUGGUCACAAACUAUUCUGCACCUGUGGAAAACAUGACCAGUAAACCCAACUCUUCCAAUGCAGAAAACAUCUAUGUUACCAUGCAGCAUGGGUUUCAGGUUACAACAGAUUCUCCAGGCCAGGAUUGAGGAGACGUCUGAUUGAAAGCCACCAGAUGAUCGGCCUGAAUCGGUCCUGUGCCACCAAGAUUUUACAACUUAGGAUACCUGCACAGUACAGAUGAGAUGCACACACAAAAACAGCAAAAAAGUGCUUGCAACCUUAUCUCCCAUCAUGCUGUUUUGCAUUACAUUAAAGUAUUUUUCCAUUAGAAUUGUAUUAAACUGUCACAGUUGCAUUCAAAUGAGCAUGAAUGAUGAAGAAAUAAAGUAAGACUGAUGAUAACUUGCUUUUAUCUUAUCUUUUAUCAAUGUAUUUGUUGCAUGGCAGCAGUUUUAUAUUCAGACCCGUGUGGUCAAAGCGAUACUUUGGGGUUGUUCCUGAUCCCUGUUUUCUACCAUAAUAAAGCUUGGAAGAGCAAGGACAUUUACUAAAAUAACUCCAAAUGUGUUUGUCUGAAAGAUGAUGGACAUGUGUAUCUCAGAUUUCCCACA